AUGCAAGCCCUUCCCGAUAAGCUACUGCAUAUCACUGGAAGAAGGGUUCGAGAAGUCGGCCCUGGAAGGGGUGUGUCUCGAGCCUGGCUGGCAUUGUUUAGUUGUAUCACACGGGUGGCUUCUUCCAGGGUGCAAAGAUCGUCCACGACAGCCGACAUCCGACAGCCGACAGCCACCUGGCCUGCCGGAAAAAUAUUCUGGAAGCGCAACUUGGGAAUGGUUCGAAGUUUGGUGGACAGUCAGGGUAUCCAUGAAUCUACUAGCACUGCAACUGCUGCACCGCCACAGUUUGUGCCAGGAUCUGCGUCAUCUCAGCUGCCCCAAGGGAGGGAGAAGGAGAGGAAGGACUGUCACACCCCAGAUAUCGUCGUCAUUGAUGCCCAUCGUCGACUCGACUUCAACGUCAUCUUCAACUUCACCCUCGAGUCCUCCCACCACCACUAA